UUUCAAGUGACUAUAAUUUCUGUCCAUAUUCUAUACUGGCCAUAUUCUUAAUUUUUACCAUUUUUAAUCUUAUUUUUGCCUUUUUUGUUAAUUCCUCUUCUUCAUUCAAUUUUUUAUUAUUUUUUAAAUUAAAUUCAUUAAAUUUCAGAAUAAUAACACUUAAAUGGAAACUACUAACAAUUCUGAAGAUUUUACACUAACCUGUGCUGACUGCGGAGCUUCUGAUCCUGGAUGGGCAUCAUUAAAUCAUUGUGUACUUAUUUGUUCUGAAUGCCGCCAUAUAAGCCAAAUACGUUCACUAACUGGAGGGAUUUGGCACACAAAUCAAUUAAAAUUGAUAAAUUAUUUAUACAAAAAUGGAUCUAAUAAUAUAUGGGAACAUUCUUUAAUUGAUUCUCAUUCUGGAAGAGUUAAGAAAAAGCCCGUUUCGAAUGAUCCAAUAAUCCCCAAAAAGGAAGCAUUUAUCAAUGACAAAUAUGUUCGACUACUUUAUGCAAUUAGACCAGCAAAAGAUGAAUUUACUGUGGAUGAUUUGAACAGACAGUUGUGGUCUAGUGUUCGGACUGGACAUGUUAUUACAGCAUUAAGAUUAUUAGCGCUUGGUGCAUCUCCAGAUUUUGUCGAUCAAGGAAACACUCCACUGCAUAUUGCUGCAAAAAAUGGUCAGGAUCUUCAAGUUGAAUUAUUGUGGAUUUAUGGAGCCGAUUUUUCUUGUAAAAAUUCUUGUGGACAAACACCUGCCGAAGUUGCUAAAAAGGAAGGACAUUUGGAACUAUCCGAAAGAAUAAUUGAACUUUCAUUUGAAGUUUCUGAUCAUUUUUCUCUUUUUCUGUGUGGUCGAAAACCUUCACACAAAGACAAUCAACACUUUUUAAUCCCCGAUUUGGUCGAUCCUUUCAUCUCCGAAAGAAUGCACAAUCUUGGAAAGCAAGUACAUUUAAUUUCUGAUUUACUUUUUGAAAGGCUUGUACAGGAUGUUUAUGAUGAGGUUGAUAGACGUGAAAUUGAAUUGCAAUGGUCUGCCUUAAAUAAUUCUCAAAUUAGAAUGCAUAAACAUGUGGCUAUAUUUUUACCGCCAAAUCCUCAACUUUCUGCUACACGUAACCAAAUGCGUCAAAAAUUGGCAAAAUUUAGUUCAUCAGAUUUUUUCUAUUUGGUAAUUGAUUUACUUAAAGAAAUUAGAAGACGUUAUUUUGGAAUACAAAUUCCUGUUGAGGAUGUGAAAAAUAAUGAAAUUUCUUUUUUGAGUGAUGAACAAUUGGAUGGUGUUUAUUCUGAUAAUAGAGGGAAAUUGUGUCUUUCUGAAAGUUCAACUGAAAAUAGAAGUCAAAAUCAUAAAACUUUACAUUCUGACCAAGAACAUCACUUUUCUUCAUUAGAUAAUUAUUUGGAAUUAAAAGAAAAAUUGAGAGAUACAAAUGAGAAACUGGAAAGGAUGGAAAUGUCAAAUUCUGAAAUUUUGGGAACUCUUAAACAAAUGCAACGAGCAUUGGAAAGAUUAGAAUAUGACCAAACAAAUAUUCGACAGGAAAUGAAUGAAAAAUUGUGGAAACAAUAUAAUCAAUAUAAUAGAUCAGCAUCGCCAACACAAGGACAGCAAACUUCAACUAAAACCCCACCUUUACAAAAUUUCUUGUCUGUGUCCUUAAAUAAUGCUACAGCUCAAAUUGGUGCAGUAAUGAUGUCAGCAUCUACUUUAAUGAGACCUACUCAUCAGCAACAACAAAAAUAUGUUCAUAAUUAUUCUACAGACACUUAUCCAUCAACAAAAAUUAGUGGACGUCAUUCAUCUACUAACAAUAACACAAAUAAUUUACUCCCAACAACACAAAUACCUUCAAUUCCUCUACAUUCAGCCCAUUCUUCAAGUUCAAUGAAACUUCAAAAUAAUUUACUUGGACAUGAAGAAAGACUAAAUUCUUUUGCUGGUUCAAGUAAAAUUGAUGGUGGAACAAAUUCUUUUAAUAAUAAUAAUGAAAAGAAGCAUUCUUUGGGAAGUAAUAAUAUAAAUAAUAUUAAUUCAAAUGAGACAAGAAGUUAUAGAAAAAAUUCGAGUCAUUCAAUUUCGCAUCUAAAAAUAGUUCAACAAAAAGAUGUUGAACAUUCAACAACAACAACUAGAAAUGAAACAAAUAAUGAACAAUUAAUAAAUACAACAAAUAAACAAGGAAAUGAUAUGAAUAAAAUAUUUAAUGAAGAAGUAUUCCCUGACAAUUUAAUAUUGGAAACGGAAUUAUUAACUACUGCAAUCAAGGCAUUAUUGGCCGAUUUACAACCAAAUAUAGAAAUAAAUAGUAGAGAAACAAAUGCAAUGUAUCAUGCUGAUACGAUCAAUCACCACAUUAUUCGAAUACUCAAUGUAAUCCCAGACUCGUAUAUUCGUAUCGAAUCAAUUCAACAAUGUGCCUUUAAAAUGGAAGCAGCAAUGAAACAAUUAUCAAGAAAAUGUAUUUCGAGGCCUUUAAAUAUUGAUGAAGCUUGUCAGGCAGCUUAUGAUGUUGCUAAAGCAGCUAAAGAAUUGCUAGUUAUUGUUCAUAAACAAGCUGAAAAAAAUGUGGAAAUUUAA